GCGGGACGGGUUGUCAUGGCGGCGGACGGAGAUUGAGGCGGGACGGGUUGUCAUGGCGGCGGAGGCGGAGGCUGAGGACGGGCCGGAAUGGGAUCAGUUCUUCUCGGACUGCGCGCCGCCGCCUAACGCGGCCGCCUCGGUCCGGGCGCUGGGCGAGUUCGCGGCGCAGCAUGCGGAGCAGUGCAGGCGGCUGGUGCUGGUCACCUCGGGGGGCACUAAGGUGCCGCUGGAGUCGCGCACCGUGCGCUACCUCGACAACUUCAGCAGCGGCUGGCGAGGCGCCGUGUCCGCCGAGCACUUCCUCCAGCUCGGCUACGCCGUGGUCUUCCUGCACCGGCAGCGUUCCCUCUUCCCCUUCUCCCGCCGCUACUCGGGCCUCAACCUGCUGGACGCGCUGAAGGCCGUGCUCGACGUCGGCACCGGCUGCUGGAGGGUGGAGGCUGACCAGGCCGCGCUGCCCGGCAUCGUGCCAACGCUGCAGCGCUACGCCGCCGUCAGGGAGGCCGGACUCCUCCUGCCCCUCGAGUUCAGCACCUUGUCCGACUACCUGUACCUGCUCAGGGCGGCUGCCCAGGCCCUCCACCACAACGGACCAAAAGCCAUGUUCUACCUCGCAGCAGCUGUGUCGGAUUUCUUCAUUCCCGCGUCAGAGAUGCCUGAGCACAAAAUUCAGUCGGGGGCUAACCCUCUGCAGCUAAGUAUGCAAAUGGUUCCCAAGAUGCUGACUCCUCUAGUGAAGGACUGGGCUCCUCAAGCAUUUGUCACAUCCUUCAAGCUUGAGACGGAUUCAUCACAGCUGCUCGCUCGAGCUCGCAAAGCUUUAGCAACUUACAGACACCAGGUUGUUGUCGCCAAUACACUUGAAACGCGGAGGGUGUACGUUCUCAUCGUCACCGAGGACUCUCAGGUUGAUAUAAAACUUUCGGAGAACGAAGUGCAGCAACAUCAUGAAAUUGAAGAGAAAAUUGUGAAGCAUUUGAGUGAAUGCCACACUAAUUUUAUAGAAAAGAGCAAAAAUCCCACGUAAGUAGACGGGGGAUGAGUUACCAUGGAAAAGCUGUAUGAAAUAAAAAGCUGCUGAAGUUAUGGAACUAGAUAAUGAAAUCUUGCAAAUGUGAACAAUGUCAUCUGGGCGACCAGGCGUUCUGCUUUAUGUUUUUUUUAAAACAAAUUUAAGAAUAACGAGACCUAGGCUAACACUAAAAGCAAUCAGAAGCCAUGCUUAAAAAGUUCCGCCUGAUAAAAAGCAACGUGGCAUUUUAUUGGUAAAUAGGUGAAACUUUCCAUGACUAAAGGAAAACAAUAUUGGUAUUUUUAUUACUAGAAUGCGCCAGUAUAAUUGGAUGGGACUAAAAAUAUUAAUAUAGUCGGUGAAACAAUGGGUUAAUAAGUUGUGAACUUGUCAGAAUUUUAUAGUAUCAAUACUCAAACGCUAGAAAUGUUGUAGAUUUGCUGAAUGCAAUUGUAUAUUUUUGCAAUUUAAUUAUUGUCAUUACAUAUCACAGUUGUAUUUAAUUUGCAUUCAGUUUAAAUGGGUGAAAUUAAAACAUUCCUAUCCAUUCAUUGCAA